AUGGCAAAAAGAGAAGCAGAAGAUCACAGUGAAACACUUUCUCAGUCUUCUUUAUCAUCUUUGACCAAAGCAACAGAAAUAUCACAGCAAAGCAACCCUGAAAGCACCUUGGAUGGAAAUAUUGUGGACCCAAUUUACAAAUAUAUUUCAAAUGAUUUAUCAAGGGACUUUAUGUCAUCCCAGGCAAAAGCAGUUAUUAAAACUUCUGAAGAUUAUUUGCAGCCUCAGUUUGGUCCCCGCAGAUUUUUGCAUUCAGCGGCAGUAUCAGAAGGGUCGGGACUUCAAGAUUGCUCCACACAUCAAACAGCAUCAGAUCAUAGCCAUGAUGAAAUAUCAGCUCUAGAUAGCGACAAAUCAAAUAAUAAAAACAAUUCUUGUCUUAUAUCAGCAACCAAAAGAAACAGACCUGUCAGUGCUCCGAUGGGUCAACUGAGAGUUGCAGAGUUCUCUUCUUUAAAAUUUCAAUCUGCCCGGAGCUGGCAUAGAAUGUCUCAAAGACUCAAACUUCAACCAAGAAUGAUUAGAGUAACAGCUUACAAAAAUGGAUCUCAGACAGUCUUUGCCAAAGUUAUUGUAACAACCAUCACCUUGUUACUGGAGAAGUGCACAGAAAAGCUGAAUCUGAACAUGGCUGCCCGAAGAGUGUUUUUGGCAGAUGGCACUGAAGCCUUUGAACCUAAAGAUAUACCCCAUGAAGCCGACAUUUAUGUUUCAACUGGAGAACCCUUUAUAGAUCCAUUCAAAAAAAUUAAAGACCAUCUGUUGUUAAUGAAGAAAGUAACUUGGACAAUGAAUGGGCUGAUGCUUCCUACUGAUGUCAAAAGACAGAAAACCAAGCCUGUUCUUUCCAAGAGAAUGAAGAAACUUACGGAGAAGACCUCAGUCCGAAUUCUGUUUUUUAAGAAUGGCAUGGGUCAGGAUGGGCAUGAGAUUACAGUGGGAAAGGAAACAAUGAAUAAGGACCGAUAA